CUUUUAACCAAGGUACAAGUACAUACGUUCUUAAUUUCUACAGGCAUGCAAUAGCCACAAUGUUCUUACUGCCCAUUGCUUUUGCGAUUGAAAGGUAUGCAGAGUUUUGGUUUCUUAGUUACCUAGAUCUGGAUGUCAUCUAGGAAGCAUGCACUGAGAUUUAUUUUGUAGGAAAACUGCCCCACAAAUGUCAUACAAAGUCUGUCUGAAGCUAUUUGUGCAUGCAUUAUAUGGGAUGUCUGCUCCUUUUAACAUAUCAUGUGUUGGCCUCAAAUAUGCUUCAGCAGCUUCUGCUUCUGCAGUAAUAAAUCUCCUGCCAGUUUUAACUUUUAUUUUGGCUCUUCUGUUGGGAAUGGAGUCUUUGCAAUUAAGGCGCUUCCAUGGGAUUAUGAAGGUUUCUGGUAUAGUGUUUUGUGCGGCUGGUGUUACUGUACUAACGUUAUACCAAGGACCGGAGCUCAAAUCUGUUGUCCAUUAUGCUCUUUUUCAUCACGCGAGUCAAGUUGAUACUCAUCCCUCAAGGAGCUGGAUAUUGGGAAUUCUCCUGCAGUCUCUUGCGACUGUAUUGUUUGCUCUUUGGACAGUGUUUCAGGGCCCAUUGCUGGAGGAGUAUCCAUCCAUACUGCUUAACACUAGCCUUCAGAUUGUCUUUGCGACUGUUCAAUCUUUUUUUAUGGCUCUAGUGAUGGAGAGAGACUUUUCAAGAUGGAAGCUGAGCUUGGAUGUAGGUCUUGUCGCUAUCGUCUAUUGUGGCGUAUUUGUUUCCGCAUUGGUAAAUUACCUGCAAAUCUGGGUAAUCGGCCGGUGCGGCCCAGUAUUCCUGUCCAUGACAGUACCCCUAACUUUGGUUAUCACGGUCAUUCUGUCGCUACUCAUGGGAGAACCGGUUAGCCUUGGAAGUGUAAUUAGUGGAGCGCUGAUGGUUGGUGGUCUGUACAAUGUUCUCUGGGGGAAGAGAAUAGAGCAAGUAGCUCUCUGCAAGCAAGGAGGUGGCAGAGAACAUGCAGCAUGCUUUGAUUUGGAGGAACAAGAAAGCGGCGCACCAGUUCCAUCAACGCAGGAUUCAAUCAAGCCAGUGCCUGAUUCGAAAGACCCAAAUGAAACGGUGAGCAGCAAACGUUGUUAGGUGUAGAAGAGCUUUUGCCUUGGGUCUGCCCACCAGAAGCUGUUGACACAUCUGUAAUACUGCGUCCAUUUUUAUUUACUCCGCACAUUAGCUUUGACCAAAGUCAAACUUUAUAAGAUCUGAUCAAGUUUAUAGAAAAUAGUAUAAACUUUCAUAAUAAUAAAUAUAUGUUC